AAUCUUCCGGUUUGGCUUCAGUGGCCUCCGGGAGAUAGAGCCUGAUUCCAAGAGACUCCUGGCAAAACUGGGAGGGUUGGCAACCUAUAUCGAAGCACAGAGUACAGUUCAGGGGUGGAGAAAUAUACCUGAAAGUCAUCAUGCAAAGAGAGAAUUCAACUCAGUGAGCAGCUGAAUUCAGCCAAGGAUAGGAACAAGAGGAGAAGGCUCAGAACAGAGACCUAAGAACUACAAGAUAUUACAAAAUAUGCUGUCAAUUGUCCCUAUCAAUGGAGCAUCAUUAUUCUGUUUUGAAGACAAGUAGUUCAUCAAUGACUUCAGUUCACAAUUCUAAAAACAAUUACAAGGGCAGUUCCUCCAAACAAGAUACUUUAGCUGUUACUGCAGUUGCUUUACAAGAUCAUAUUUUACAUAACCUUCAGCUCCAGGAUCUUUCAUUAUCAGAUCCUUUCAAGUCAAAGUUAAGGAAUAAAAAGAACAUUUACAAACCUGUGAACAAAGAGAUGGUCAGAGCAGUAGUAGAUACUGGACUAAGAAAAAAGAGAAUUCUCCACACAAAAAAGGAAGAUCCAGAAAAAGAAUAUGUCCUUGAUCCUAAUCCUCCACAAUUAACGUUAGCUCAGAAAUUGGGCUUAGUUGAGCCUCCUUCCUUGCCACUAACAGCAGAAGAGUGGGAUAAAGUAAAGCAAAGAUCUAUAAAACAGGGAGAUUCUGUUCAACCUUGUGCAAUAUGUAGGGAAGAAUUUGCACUUCAACCACAGGUGCUGCUUUCAUGUUCCCAUGUAUUUCACAGAGCAUGCCUGAAAGCUUUUGAAAAGUUUGCAGGUAAAAAGACCUGUCCUUUGUGUAGAAAGAAGCAGUAUCAGACCAGAGUAAUACAUGAUGGGGCGCGUCUCUUUAAAAUAAAGUGUAUUACGAGAAUCCAAGCUUGCUGGAGAGGGUAUAUUGUUAGAAAAUGGUAUAAAAAUUUGAGAAAAACAGUACCUCCGCAAGAUAGCAAAUUAAGAAAAAAAUUCUUUGAAGCAAAGUUUCAGGAGAUCAGCAAUCGGUUAUUGAGUUCUUAUGACACAAACAUAGAUGAGUUUUUUUCUGAAAUUGAUUCUUCUAUAGCUGCAAGUCGAAAUGUGCUUCAACAGUUGGAGGAAAAGUUUGCCCCGUUAAUAAGCGAAACGGAAUGGGAGAAAAUACAGAUGCAGGCAUUUCGGCAAGAGAUAUUUGACUGCCCUAUUUGCAUUAUGCCACUCUGUCAUAUCAUUCAUCCUCCAAAUGUCUUUUCUGAGAACAGCAAUAAUCGGUAUUCUCGCCAGACUGUUCUGCUCUCUUGUUCACAUAUGUUUCAUCAGACUUGUCUUCAAGCAUUUGAAGAGUUUUCCUUGGGAGAAAGACUUGUUUGUCCUUUAUGUCGCUCUUGUUAUCAAAAGAAAAUUCUUGAAUGUUGAUGUAAACAGUCCAGAAUGAGCUGCAUGAUAGAAUUUUUAAUUGGUUUAAUGAUAGACAACCUCACAGAUUAGAUCCUUGUAAGGUCCAAUGUGAGAAAAAACACUUCUCUAUGGAUGCUGAUGCUCAUAUUAUAGAAAUAAAAGUUAAAUGGGCAUUGUGUUACCAUUUCUCUGACUUGUUGCUUCUCCUUGCUCUCCACAUUCUUACCUGUCUUCUACUCUCUUUGCUUUGCCUUAUGUUCUGUUUUCCUUCCCUGGUCGUCUCCUUUCUUUAACUUCCUCCCUCUCAGAGACAUACUACCCUCUCCAUCUCCUUCACAUCCCAGGAUCCUUUCCCUGAGAACUCUUCCCUUUGACUCCUUUCUUCAUUCAGUGGAUUCCAUCUACAUACUCCCCAGUGGAGUUACUCAUGUUGAACACCAGGAAAAGGUAGAUUCCCUUGAUAGCAGCUCCCAGGCAGUUGCAAAUGCCACUGAUGAGUGUGGAAGGAGAUGCAUUACCUCAGCUCCUUUUAGUAGCUGAAUGCAGCUGGGCUGGCUCCUCUCCUUUAAUGGCUGGAAGCCACCUUACAAGUAGUGCAAAUUAGCCCUAAAGCAAAUGUGGCUGAGCGGUCCCCAUAAAGGAACAAAAUGGUUCAGGAACUUGUCAUGACAGUGGGACCAACUAAUAUUGUCUAGGUUUAGAAGAGACCAAAAUGCAUUUAAAACCUUUCAGUUGUGGACUGUUACUCUUGAACUUUGAGUUAAGGCCUAAAAUCCCUUGAUCAAUGUCAUGCACCCAGGAGAGCCUGAAAGCUAAACUUUUGUUAAAAUGUUUCAGAUGCUUUAGGAAACUGACUCACAAUGCCGAAAAUGCUUGUAGACUGCCCAUAUUUAAAUUAGAAUUGUUUCAUGUCAAAGAUUACCGAAAACUACUAUUGAUAGCCUGUGUAUUUUUCCAUUAACUAAAAACUAAGAUUAGGAUACAGGCAUGUAAAAGGUACGGGUUUGCUUUUUGAUGGUUUUGCUAUAUGUUUGACCUUUGCUUUAUUUGUGCUCCAUGUUUUGGUCCAAAGGGUGUAACGCCUACUGAACCUAUCAGGAUCUCUGCAACUCCCCUAUGAGACCCUGAACUUCAACAAAUGUGCUGACGCUCUCAAGCUCUUUACACACAUUAAGCCCCCUCCUACAAUGAGGUGGCCUACAUAUAUUCUAGAGGAGUAAAUUGUGAGGCAUGGAGAAACAUCUUACAAAGACUCAAAAGUCCAUUGUUUAUUUUUAAUACAAAUGUUGACAAAAAAAGCACAUUGUAAAUCAAUCACAGUUUGACUUUAUUGAAAACAGAGUUUAAAAAAAUCUUGCUAAAAACACACAAAUUGUGACAUUUCAAAUAAAGCAAAAAGAUACCAAAUCUUCUCCUUUUCACUACUGCAUUGUGAAAUUCAAACCAUCUAAAAAGGCAGUUUUCAUAUAGUUUUGUAACACUGCAAGGUAACCACAAUUGAAAAUUUUAUAAAGCACACAUUUUCAGAUGACCUAAAUUAAAUAUACCUC